AUUACUUCUUCCACAGAGUGAUUAAAACAACAGGACCGCAUCCAGCGCUGCAUUUGCUCCUAUUGUUCCGGUUCUUCGCCGUAAUAUGCUUCUGAGUCAGGGGUUUUCGUCUGUCUAAGCUUUUUUUUUAGCGCACGAGGGGAGUUGAUAAAAGUAUCCGAGUGCGCGCAAGCAACAGAUCUCAGAAGUCCCUUUUCCUGAGCAGUUGAGCUAAUGGAUGUCUCCAGGCUUCUUAUGGUCCUCGUCGUGGUGAUAUCCACACUUGGAGGGAAAUCAGAAGCAUCAAAUUCUACAUGCAUUCAUCUUGACCAAGAUCGCUAUAAACUUAUUAAAGGUGAAGCAUUUUACUAUGUGCCCACCAUUAUGGAGGAUGUCAACCUGCCUGAUGAAAAUAUUACAUGGUACAAAAAUGGGCCUGAUUAUAAGAAUAUUACCACGGAUGAGGCCCAGAGGAUACAUUACCAUGGUGGGGCACUCCUUCUCUUAAACAUCAGUGAUGAGGAUUCUGGUUAUUAUACUGCCAGGCACAUAACCCCGUCAGAUGAAUGUUUCUACUAUCCUGUAAGAUUUGAGGUCUUCAGUGAAAACAGUCGAGAGAAUUUAACCUAUGGAAGAAUCAAAAAUUCUUACCAGAACAAACUAAUUCUCUGUCCAAGACCUGUUGAAGACACGUGCAUCACUUUUAAGGGGAACUUCUCUUGGUUAAAGGGCAACAAUCUUCUUCCUGGCAAACAUGAAGCUCGCCUGAGGUUAGAAAACGCAUCAAAACACGAUGAGGGCAUCUACACCUGCAUAUGUACCUGGACACACAAUAACAAGGUGUACAACUCUUCUGGUUCCUGGAGACUUAUUGUUCCGGACCAAAUUGUCUAUAAGGUGGAAAUUGUCUCUCCAACCAACAAGGAGCAGUUGGUUGAUGAAGGCGACAGCAUCAAGCUGAACUGCACUGUUUACUGUGGGAUUAAUGCAAAAAGAGACUGCAUGGCAAUCUGGAGAAUUAAUGGAUCAUCAGUAAACCAGAUGGAAGGAUAUAAUGAAACCACAACAUUGAACUUUCGAACAGACACCUACUCCACAGCGAUCCUGACCAUUGAAAGAGUUUCUGCAAAAGAUUUCCAUUAUGAGUUUAAGUGUCACGGCGUAGGUUAUUAUGAAACAAACUCUUCAACUUUAACCCUCAAGCAAAGAGAGUCCAUCAUUCCCCUCAUUAUUGCAGGAGUGUGUGUGGUUCUGAUUGCCGUGUUUACUGCUAUGCUAGUGAAAUACUUUGCCAUUGACCUUGCUCUGUUGCUCAGGCCCUACCUCCCACCAGGAAGACGCAACAAAGAUACCAGGGUGUAUGACGCCUACGUGGUUUACCAGACACAGAGCUUAGACAAGGAGACAGAGGAAAAACUGAACAAAUUUGUCACAAAGACUCUGCCCUCAGUCCUUGAAGAGAAGUGUGGGUAUCGACUCUUCAUCCAGGGGAGAGAUGACAUACCUGGGGAAGAUCGUGUGGAGCUGGUGGAGAGAUGCAUCAAGCAGAGCAGGAGGCUGAUGGUCAUCCUAACACCUGGAACAGAAUCCGAGAUUAUGGGAAAUCCCACCUCAGACCAAACCUCGGUCACUGGAGGACUAGACUAUCAGGUUGGGCUUCACUAUGCACUGGUGCAGAGGGAGAUGAGUGUGAUUCUGAUUCAGCUUGGGGAGACCGGGCCACAAGGUUACACACACCUUCCUCCAGGCCUUCAGCAUCUAAUCCGUAAGAGCGCCCCCAUCAGGUGGCCGGAGGGCUCACAGAAAGUCUUCAAAUGGAACUCGCGCUUCUGGAAGAAAGUGCAAUACCUGAUGCCUACCAUACCCGCCCAAAAAUGUGAUUCAUCUUUUAUCAUCUGAAACCGCAGAGCUUUGUGGGGGACACUUUCACACAUAUAUAUAAAGCAUACAUGUUACAUUACAGAUUAAAGAUUAUGUAGGCCUUGUAGUUAUUUGCCACUCUUCUAUGUUCUAUGUCAGCUUCAUGAUGCUUUAUUUCACAUUUUAUUAUCAUUUCUCUGAGGCUACAGAAAAAGUUUUAUUGUGUGAUCCUGCAUCAUAUUAUGCAAUCAUACCUGUUUGGUUAUGAAGAUUAUUAUUAUAAUUGUCAAUUAUAAUUCAAUAAUACAUCAUUAAAAAUCAAAGGAUAGUUAUGACGAAAUUUAAUUCAAAUGGUUGUGACCACUGCGACAGACUGGCACCUUUCCAGGGUGUACCCCGCCU